GGAGGGGCGGGGAUAGACCCCGGGGGUAGCUCUCCGGGCUCCGGCAGAAGGAGCGGCUCCCUCCGGUUUCUCUCCCCGUCCGACUGCACUCCUCCGCGGCUUCUCCGGCCUCCGCUGCCCGCUGCCCUCCGCCGGUUCCCCGCAGACCCAAAAACGUCAAAAUGUUUCUGGCAAAGAAUCUAAUCGGUGGCAUCAUCAACAUCGUGAGCAACAUCGACCCGGCUCAGUUCACCCCCUCAGAUCCUCCGCCUCCCCGCAGACCUCUAAACUUCGCCGAGGCCCACGAGAACGAUGAGGAGAAGAAGUUUCGGAGGGUUUUCCACCAGCUAGCCGGAGACGACAUGGAGGUGAGCCCCAAAGAGCUGAAGGACAUCCUCAACAAAAUCAUCUCUAAACACGGGAACCUGAAGACGGACGGCUUCAGCAUCGAGUCCUGCAGGAGCAUGGUGGCCGUCAUGGACAGCGACAGCACAGGAAAACUUGGCUUUCAUGAGUUCAAAUAUCUCUGGAACAACAUCAAGAAAUGGCAGAGCAUCUAUUUGUCCCACGACAGCGACCGCUCAGGCGUGAUCGGCGCCGGCGAGCUGCCGCACGCCUUUAAGGCCGCAGGUUUUCCUCUGAACGACGACCUCUUCAAGAUGAUCAUCCGCCGCUACAGCGACGAGCACGGAGACAUGGACUUCGAUAAUUUCAUCGGCUGCCUGGUGCGACUGGACGCCAUGUGCCGAGCGUUUAAGACGCUGGAUAAGGACAACAAUGGAACCAUUAACCUGGACGUCAAGGAGUGGCUGCAGCUGACCAUGUAUUCCUGAACGGCUUAUUUCUGCCCGCUAACUGGACCAAAGGGACCAACAAACCGGGACCAAACCCCAGAGAGAGCUUCCUGCUGCUCACAUUUAUACGCUACGACUAAAAGAAACGUUUUACCUUCUACCAGGCUGAAGCUGUUAAUGAAAUCCAUUUUAAAUGUUUGAGGAAAUAAAAAGAGAAGUUGGUGUUUACUCGGGUUGUGGUGCUUGUUUUUUCUUUAGCUAAUCGGCCUAAAAUAAAGGCAGAAAUGAGCUUCUAUCCUUCAAUUUUGUUUAAUUUUAAUUAGAUUUUCAUUUAAAAAAUAA